UCCGUGGUCCCUUAUUUAGCAAAAUAGCCGGUAUACAAAUCGUGGUAAUAGACAUUUCCAAUAAGGACAGCGAGUCUCGGAACCCGUUCGAAAAACAUACGCAUUUGAAUAAGACAUGCGAGUAUGUCAAACGACUGACUAUGUUAUGUGCGAGAGGUAUGGGCCGCGUAUUUAUCAAAGAUUAGUGUAGACAGCUAGCGGGGGCUGGAUUGUUACAGUAAAAAUAUGGUUUCCCCUAUUGUUUACAUGUGUAUUGACACUCGGAACAGGGGAACUUUUGUGAAAUAUCUGCAGUAGAGAGUGGACGGAUUUGAAAACAACAAAAUGGGAAUUGACAACUACACGCCUUUUAUUUUUUAUGAGCUCGCAGGGAUCGAUAUUCAAAUGAGAUGAAAGAGCAGCGUCUGGCAAUGGAUCACCUAAUUGCAAAGAUUCUUUAACGGAAAUUUAUCCAACGAAGUAUUUUAUAGGAAGAUUUGUAUUUAAUAUUGGAAAUGAAUUAGAGAGAUAAGCCUUUUUAGAAAUACAUCAUAAAUAAUUUUAAAUUUUUCGUAUAUACAAAUGUCUUGAAUAUAAAUAUGAAUCAGAUUUUUAGAAGAUGUUAUUGUGUUUUACUUUUAAUCUGUUUCGUACUUUAUGCAAAGGCAGACAUUAAAGAUUUUACGAAAAAUGCUAAAAUCAGUACAAAGAUCAUUCAGACACGGUACGGCAGACUACAGGGAUUACUGGUACCGAUGGAUGCCCAACGGUCUCUUAAACCUAUUGAAGUGUACUUGGGAGUACCAUACGCGACUCCCCCUGUUAAGUCCAAUAGAUUUAGCCCCACGCGGACGCCGAUUCCUUGGCAGGGAAUACUGCUUUCUGAUAAAUUAGGACCCGUAUGCCCGCAGAAGCUACCCGAUAUUUCCAACGAAACAGCUGCUCUAGAAAGAAUGCCGAAAGGAAGAUUGGAGUACUUGAAACGGCUGCUGCCCUACCUGAAGAAUCAGAGUGAAGACUGUUUAUACUUGAAUAUAUAUGCACCAGCCGAUGGUUCUUCUGAGUCUCUUCGUCCAGUAAUCGUCUACAUACACGGAGAAUCUUUCGAAUGGAAUUCCGGUAACCCGUACGAUGGCAGCGUAAUUGCUUCCUAUGCGGACUUGGUAGUUAUCACGAUCAAUUACAGAUUAGGAAUACUGGGUUUUCUCAACGCCAAUCCAGCUCCACACUUGAAAGCACGAGUAGCAAACUACGGCUUAAUGGACCAAAUCGCUGCACUGCAUUGGAUACAGCAAAACGUAGCACUGUUUGGAGGUGAUCCCAACAACGUAACGUUGGCGGGUCAUGGGUCAGGAGCCGCUUGUAUUAAUUUUCUUAUGAUAUCCCCCACUGUAAUGCCAGGCCUAUUUCAUAGAACAAUAUUAUUAUCAGGAUCAGCACUUUCGUCUUGGGCACUGGUCGAAGACCCCGUAAAUUAUGCCGUCAAAUUAGCCAAAGAAGUGAAUUGCUCAAUUCCAGAGGAUGUCGGAAGAGACCACGAGAUUAUCGUAGAUUGUCUUAGAGAAAUUCCCCUAAUGGAGCUUCUCCAAGCCGACGUUGUGGCCCCCUCCUACCUCAGCGCGUUCGGUCCAAGUGUGGACGGAGUCGUCAUCAAAGCAGACUUUGCCAAAGAACUAGUAACCUAUUUCAAGCCUCAAGACUUACAGUACUUCGUGGGACCUGUCAACGUUAAUAUGAAGAGAAGCGAAGCAACAAUUACCCCUCGAGGAAACAACCCCUAUGAUCUCUUGUAUGGGGUGGUUACCAGCGAAGCUCUUUGGAUGUUCUCCAACAACGAUGUGACCGCAGGCUUCGAAGGUGAAAGGAGAGAUAGAAUCCUAAGAACUUACGUACGAAAUGCAUACACCUAUCACUUAAGUGAGAUAUUUUUUACUAUAGUUAAUGAAUAUACUGAAUGGGAGAGGACGGUUCAGCAUCCUGUAAAUACUAGAGAUUCGGUAAUAGCUGCUCUUAGUGAUGCUCAGUUCGUGGCUCCGUUAGUGCAAACUGGAGAUUUACUCAGUGUCAAACCACCUCAGGUAGUAGGACAGGAAUCAAAUAGUCCUAAGACGUUCUUUUAUGUAUUCGAUUAUCAAACGAAAGACGGAGACUAUCCUCAGAGAAUGGGAACUGUUCAUGGAGAAGAGUUGCCGUAUAUUUUUGGAGCACCCCUUGUAGAUGGUUUUAAUCACUUCUCUAAGAACUAUACUAAGUCUGAACUAGCCUUGUCUGAAUCAUUUCUUAUCUACAUAGCAAACUUCGUGAGAACUGGAAACCCAAAUGAAAAUCAUAAACAAGACCCAGUAUUAGCCAUUUCCAGGGAAAGGAACAGAUUUCGUUCGAUCUUGUGGGAUGAGUAUGACUCAGUCCAUCAAAAGUAUCUAGAAUUAGGAAUGAAACCCAGAAUGAAGAAUCAUUUCCGAGCACAUCAGCUCAGCGUUUGGUUGCGCCUGAUUCCUGAACUUCACAGGGCCGGUAUGGAAGACGUAGUUGCUAGACAUAACUUAUUUAGAAACCAUAACAGUGCUGAACUUUACGAAGGAGCAGUUAGACCUGAUCCACUUUCUAGAAUAAGCUAUUACGAUCCUACCAUGGAAUUGAUUAGACGAAGACCAAAUUCUAGUCUUACAACCUUAGAAGCUUCCACUACAAUAGAAACUAUGGUAACAACUUGCGUUAAUAUCGUUUCUUCUGGAAAUUACAAUCACCAUAAUUUUCAAAAUCAUAACAACUCGACUGACACAUUAGCCAGUUUAGAAGCGGCAGGUUAUGCUGCUUACAGCACUGCUUUAAGUGUGACUAUAGCUAUUGGUUGCUCAUUAUUAAUUUUAAAUGUUCUAAUAUUCGCUGGAGUAUACUACCAACGGGACAAAACUAGAAUGGAAGUGAAGAAUUUACAGCAACAGCAAAGCAGGAAUCAAGCUGCUUUUGAGACAAUCUCCAAACACCAGCACCAUUUAGGUUACUCUCAAAACACGAACGUAAUAGUAGAUGUAGAGCAAGAUACUUCAGCGUUAAUUCUGACCAACGCGCAGCAAGAUCAGAUCAACAAGAUGCAUCAAAGAUGCGCUCCUAACGCUAACACUAUUCUCAAAGCGCCUCCACCAAGUCCUAACAUAAUGCUACAGAAUUGUAUGACGCUUCCUAAGAAUACCUCACUAUACAAUUAUCAACAUCAGGGUUGUGUCACACUGCCAAAAAACCUAACAUUAAUCAAUAACACGCAAUGCACAAUGGCGGAAAUGCAGCAACAGGGCUUGGUGCAACCACCGAAUGGUAAUGCUACUAUGCCACUUGGUGUUCCCAAACCUCCUCCUCCACCUAGAGCUAGGAGUCCAGAAAGCCAGCCACUUUUAACUCAUAACAAUGCUGAUAAAUGUAAUAUGAGAGUUCCACAUGCUGCCAUGAGUGAAAUGAGAGUGUGAUAAGAAUUUAAACAUUUUGAAGAAUGUGCACGAGAUGACUUUUUAUAUUCGUCCGAUAAAUAAUGUACUAAAUUUAAUAGAGAAUGUUUCUUUGAAGAUUUACAAAAUUUCUUUCUUCGUUUACAAAAAAAUCUAUUUAUAUUUAAAUUAUUAUUGGAAAAUUGGUUCUAAAUGGCAAAGAUAGACCUUACAUUUACAGUUAUGUAUAACCUUGUCUAUUUAAUAUAAAGUAUGAUGCAAAAGUACCUAUAGAAUAAAUUCAUUAUUUCAGAAACGGACGACGUUAAAAAAAUCUUAGGAAACCUCAAUUUUCAUUAUUAAUAUUAAACAAUGUGUUUGACAUUAUUUCAUCAGUGUUGGAGUAAUUACGUAAUCGACAAUUCUUUUAAAAAAUUCAAACCGAGGUCACGAGAUACCUCAUUUGAAAGAUCUCCUAAUCCACUUUUCAACGACGCAAUUAUUUGAAUAUUUAUUUCAACAAAAUUAACCAAAACUAUCGGUUUAUUAUUGCAAUUAACUUAUAAUAAAUGAUUCUCUCUCUUCAAUCCUGCUGACCCCCCCCCCCUCGGAGGGAGUGUAGUGGUCGACGAGAUGUCGUGUAUUGUCCGUCUCCAAAGAUUUCUGUCUCUGGUCAUUUCUUUUAACUCAUGCACAGGUCUUUUGCAUAUCCCUGAAAUAGGAUCGAUCCAUCUUGUUGGGGAUCUUCCUCUUGAUCUUCGGACUUUCACCUUUCCUUGUAUAAUGAGUCUGUACAUGUUUUCUGUGUUUGCUCUCAUAACAUAUCCAAAGUAUUUUAAUUGUUGGAGAUGGAAUUUACUCAAGAGUCGUUGGCUAACUUUUAGCUCUCUUAAAAUUGAAUUAUUUGUCCUAUGGUCGGUCCAAGGAAUUCGUAGCAUUCGUCUCCAACAGAACAUUUCAGUGACGUCUAUCUUUCUUCUUUCCGAUUUUGCUCAGGGUCCAAGAUUCACAUCCCUAGGCCAGUAUUGGGAAUAUUAAGCAGUUGAUUAACCUCAACUUUAACGCUCUUGAAAUUUGAUAGUGGUCAUAUUGUGGUCAUUUUUGCUGUGGCAACUUUUGCUAGAUCACAUCUACGUUUUAUUUCUUCCUGUAGUGACCCUGUGUUUGUGAUUAAAAUGAUCCCAGAUAUAAGUAUGAGUUCACAACUGUCACAACCUCAAACCGGUCAAUUGUGGUUAUGUGUGGAUGAUUGUUAUGUAGUCUGUCCACUAUCAUGAUCUUUGUCUUUGAUAUGUUUAAUUGCAGACCAAAUAUUUGACUUUCGUUUUCAACCAGUCGUAUAAGAGCAAUCAGCUCUGCUUGAUUAUUUGCAAAAAGGCUGUGUCAUUUGCGAAUCAUGAUCAUAUCAUGAUCUUUGUCUUUGAUAUGUUUAAUUGCAGACCAAAUAUUUGACUUUCGUUUUCAACCAGUCGUAUAAGAUCAAUCAGCUCUGCUUGAUUAUUUGCAAAAAGAGCUGUGUCAUCUGCGAAACGUAGGUUGUUCAUUUUAUGACAAUUUAUUGAGGCCUUUUCCCAUCCUUUAAGUGCUCUUCUGAUAAUAUGCUCCCCAUAUAUAUUGAAUAAUUGUGGAGAUAGUGUACAUCCCUGUCUGACACCCUGAUACAUGAUACUUCCCUAUCUGAAUAAAUGUUUAAUAAUACCUAUACAAUAAAAUUAUAAGAAAUAUUAAAAUUGACGACUUUCAGCGCUGAUGCAAUGAGAGAGAUAGGCAGUAACUACUUUCGUAACGUAAUUUAGUUUAGUGAGUGGGUAUUUAUUAUAAUUCCAUUAUACUUAGCUAAGUACAUAAUUUUGGUUUACCCUAUAGAAAAAAAUAUUCGAAUAAUACAUCGUUGCACAGCCGAUUAGAAAACUUUUCAAAUGAGGUGUCCCGUCAUCUCGGUUUGUAUUUUAAAAAAUCGUCGAUUAUGUCAAAACACAUGUCCAACAAAUCUGUAGCAAUUGGUGGCUAUUUAAAAAUUAAAAUUGACGAGUUUUAACAUUUUUUUAAGUCAUCUGUUUCUGAAAUAACGAAUUUAUUCCAUAUAUUUGCAUCAUAUCUCCUGUAUAACGGUAAUUAAUUAACCAAAAUUGUAGAGUUAACAUUAUUUUAUCAACGUUUCGACUUUCAUGUAUGAAGUUGUUUUCAAAAUAACAAGUUUUUAAAAAUGAAACAUAUUACAUAGUUGGUUUUUUGUUACGUUGAAAACGAAAUAUUUCUAGUAGGUAAUUUAAUUUUAUCUGAUAGUUAUAAUGAUCAUUCAGACAUGUUAUAAUAAACUGGUCGUCAAAAGUUAGGGUAGAUUUUUUCGUGAACAGAUUAACGGAUUCCGCUAUUUUUUUUAUUAUUUUAGACUUUUAUUUAGUAUUUACAAAGUUAGGUAAAGGUUUACUCAAACUUUUUAUUUUUUACUUAUACCGGGUGGAAGAAAAGAAAUGUUUUUCUUAUGUUAAGUUUGAGACGCCCUGUAGGGAGGACGAGGUACAAAUGGGAGUAUAUAUCGAAACCGUAUUGUAGUCUUAGGUUUUGUGAACAUUUUGUUUUUUGAAUGUCCCUGAUAUCUUUAGAAAUAAAAAAUUUACGGUUUUGUAAUUUAACAUGUGUUUUAACCGAAACAAAAGUUUGAGACACCUUGUAGGGAGAAAAGGCACAAAGGUGAGUAUACCUCGAUAUAAUGUUGUAGUCUCAUAUUAUGUGAAUAUUUUAUUUUUUAAGUUCUCUGAUAUCUUAAAUAACAAAGAAACUAGACGAUAUUACUCUUUAAUAUGUGUUUUAACUGACGACAUGCGUCACAUCACACAUGUGAAACAUAGAAAAACAUAUUAAAGAGUAAUACCGUCUAGUUUCUUUGAUAUUAAAUUAAAUCAGAGAAAUUAAAAAAAAUUUAAUAUUCAAAAAAUAUAAGACUACAACAUAAUAUCGGGGUAUACUCACCUUUGUGCCUUUUUCUCCCUACAAGGUGUCUCAAACUUUUGUUUCAGUUAAAACACAUGUUAAAUUACAAAACCGUCUAUUUUUUUGUUUCUAAAGAUAUCAGGGACAUUCAAACAACAGCAUGUUCACAAAACAAAAGACUACAAUAUUAUUCUGAUGUAUACUCACAUUUGUACCUCGUUCUCCCUACAGGGUGUCUCAAACUUAACACAAGAAAAACAUAUUUUUUUCUUCCACCCGGUAUAAGUACAAAAAAUAAGUUUGAGUAAACCUUUGCACAACUGUGUAAAUACUAAAGAAAAGGCUAAAAUAAAAAAAAUUGCGGAAUCCGUCUGUUCGCGAAAAAAUCAACUAUGAAAAUCAGCAGAAUUUUCUAUAUCCCUAACUUUUGACGAGCAGUUUAUUAUGUUGCAGGCAAAGUUUGAAAUACAUGUAUUAUCAGGAACUAACUACUACAAUAGCAAUUUUGAAAAAACAAAGCGACAGGUCAAUUUUUGAUUAAAGGGGAACAUAUUUUUCCGGUAUUUCAGACUAUUUUACUUGGCCAGGGUAAAAAUUUUAAAAACCUUAAGGGUAUCGGUAAAAAGUUUCGGCACCAAUUAAAUGUUAUUUAAUUGCAGCAAAGAAAAAUCUAGCAUACUCUAGUAACAGACGCCGUCGAUAAUUUUGAACGCAUCAUUCAAGUUCGAAAUAAUAUUGAUAAGAUCAUAUUUGUGAAGCAUCAGAUAUAAUAAGUGAUGAGCCACCUGAAAAUAACCGCAAACGCUUAUCUCACUGCAAAUUUGAUCACCAAAUAUCUUUUGUUAAGUGCAUGAUGUUAUUAUCAAUUGUUUAAAGAUUGAUAUUAAGAGACUGAUACUGAAAAUAUUGCUGUAUUUUUUAGAUAAACUAACUUCCGCUUGUUCCUUUUAUACCAAACUUGAUAAAAAAUUAUUACGAACUAGAUUGUCUAUUAUGUAUACAUAGUGUGACCAACUAGCCCGAAAAAUCCGGGACAUGGCCCGAAUUACGAAGUUAUGUCCCGGCGUCCCGGACAAGGCUUCCGGGCUAUCCGAAUUUUCAACUUUUUGAUAAAAGUCGAUAUUUUCGUUAAAUUGUUGAGACGAAAAAAAAUUUUUUAUCCUGGUAUAAAUUUUAAUAGUUCUAUGAAAGAAAACGAAAACUGUGGAUUUUUUUUUAUUUGUGUGUUUUAAUUAUCGUCGUCCGAAAAGACCAUUCAAAAACAAUAAUAAUUCAUGUCACAAUGAAUCAUGCCUAGGCACGCAUGCCGCAUUGAACAAUGUAAUGAUUGCUGAUGCAUCUUUUUCUUCAGUUUUGUCAACCACUUGAAGUAGAUAAACCUCUUGAGUUCAUUGACGAAAUAUGAUUAAUUUCCAAACCCUUGCACGCUUUGAGCCAAAUUCAAAUCUGCUGCGUUGCAAUAUGAUUUUUUUAUCUAAACAUUUAUUUUAUUGUCAGUGUCAGUACAGUAAUCAGUUUGAAUCCGAAAAUCGAUUAGUGACCAUCUCGGAAUUAUUGUUUUUGACCUGACUUUUUCAUUCCAAUAUAUUAUUAUUGUUAAUAUGAAUAUGGAACCAACACAAGAAAGUAAAAACAGAAAACGAUAUUCCACUUUCAAUAAAAUAUUGGAAGAAUUUCCAUUUUUGAAAAAAAAAGUAACUCUAACAGUGACGUGAAGUGUGAUACUUAAAUUAAGAUGAGAUGAAAAUCCAACAUCAGUUGAUUUUCUAUUUUUUCUCCUUUUUUGAGAAUGGUUUCUGGAUUGGAAGUCGAAACGUCAAAAACUAACAAAAAUAUAAUUAUCAUUAUAACCAAUUGUGGCUUAAUCCACGGUACACAGAGAACGGUUCUCUGAGUAUCGUGGCUUAAUCCCAUCAAAAAUAUCAUUGUCAACAUAAAAAUGUUAAAUAUCCAAUAAAAUGAUGAUAUUAGAGCCCUAUAUUUAAAAAAAAAUAACAAAUGGCCCGAUUUUCAUUCAAAAGUCCCGGAUUUUAGGUAUUUUUUUCAGCAUUGUCCCGGAUUCGACUGAAUUGGAGUUGGUCACACUAAUACUGUAUACAAGAAAAUGUUCAUGGAACAAAGUCGCACUACCUUUUCUAAAAAAUUUAAUUUAAACGAUCUAGCUAGAAAAUUCGUUGAAAGAGACUAUUAGAAAUCGUGGUAUCAACUCCCAUUAAAAAUUAAAACGUUCCUCAGAAAUUCAAGACUAAAAAAGAGAUUGAAAGGCUAGGAAUACUACCAGAUGCUCGGAUGCUCCGUUUGGUUUCAGAAUCUCCCACUUCUACGAACUUUAAGACACUUAGAUCUAAGACUAAUACGUCACCUAGGGCUUCAAGUCUUGUCUAAAUUUGGAAUACCAAAGGCAGGAUUACCACAAUGAGCUGUCUUAUCACUCUUAAUGUAAACCAUAUUCAUAUACAUAGCAGACUUCAAGACCAGCGGAGACAUGUCUUAGCAUCUAAGCAGAUAACACACCAAUAACAAUAAGAAGCUGGAACCCCAACGUAGCUGUCUGACACCUGCAAAAUGGGCUUAGUGAAAUAGAAGAAAGGUGCAUGCAAUGGAAGUGGGAGGAAGGGUAAGAUAAAAGUCUAAGGCGAAGAUAAGACUCAUGAACAACGCUUCAGUUAUUUGGUCAACAUAUAUAAAAGAAAAACAGGAAACGCAAAAAUAGCAUAAGGAAAUCAGCGAACUUAGCAGACAAUUUGAUGUACAGACACAAAGGAAACCAGGGAACAAUGAACAAAAAUAAGAUGAUAUCGUCGCCUUAAUACUAUAACUUGAUAACUCGAAAUUAGUAGUUCUGAGAUAAACGGGUUUAAAGAAUUUAAAGAUAUUUGUGCUGCUACCAUAAUGUUGCUAAAUACGGAAUUGUCUCUGCAGCUCUAAAAUACUGUUCCUUAACUUUUUGGCUACUGAUCUAUUUAGGAAUACGGUGCAAAUUUGUUUUCCAAUAUAGAAAAUAACAUGAAAAAUUAAAGAUAUCAACUUUUAGCACUACCAUAAUGUUAACAUUUGAUAAUGUCGCAUGUCGUGCCAAGUUGCAUCUAAGUGAACUUUUUAACAAAACUAAUAUUUUAAGCAUUAUUUUGGUGAAAAUUAGACCUCUGCCAUGGGGGUUGCCAGAUCUGCUAACAAUUCUCGAAUUUUUGCAUUAACAUGAACCGAAUAAACAGAGAGCAAUUACAUGGUAAGCUCACUGGUUUCAGAAAAACACGUGCUACAACUAGAUAACUAGAGUUAGCUAGUUGUAGCAUUCAGUGUAUGUCGUAUUCACGAUUAUUUCGAUUAUACAAUAACUUGAUAACUUAUCUUGUCAAGUUUUAGCAAUGAAUAUUGGGAGCAUUUGAGUUUUAUUAACUUUCGUCAAUCAUAAAUAAAUACGUAACCCGCUUGGAGCGAGUUAUCAAGUUUUUACACAAUAUGGACCCAAAUAAAAUACAUUUUGUGAACUAGUUUAUUAUCUCAAAAACGUCAAUUUUGGAGUUAUCAAGUUAUAGUACAUACUAAGGCGACGAUAUAUUGACGGAGGUAACUAACCAUCCAAGUGACAGGUGUUGACACUUGUUUGACAACUUUAUGACAUAGUUUUUGUGUAGAAUUAAAGAUGAAGAUUUAUUCCAGCACUUACGAUUUUCCUUCUCCCCAUUAUUUCAUUAAUGAUAGUACAAAUGGUAUUAUUGUUACUACAAAGCAUUAAAAAUAAGUAAACAAAAUGUGUUGGUUGAAAGUUGAAAACGUUAAACCGCUUCUUUCAUUUAGGAGGUAAAUAUCUAAUAUUUUACAAAUAUACUAUAAAAAUUUUAAUUUAUAGCACCUACUGUAGUCUUUACUAUAAAUUUGUGCCAAAGGAAUUAUUAAUACCAGGUUUCAGUAGGUUCUGACAAAUUAACAAAUUAAGUACCCUUUAUAGGUAGGUGGGUGACUUUUGUUGAAAAAGUCGAUUUUAUACCCACAAGCUGAAUAAGGAUAGAUUAUGAUGCCAAGAUGCUAUAUUUUAAAGUUUACCUACCCCCCUCCCCCCUUGUGGCUCAGUGGUAAGAGAGCCUACAUUUGGAUUCAGGGGUCGUCAGUUCGAAUCUCAUCAGGGGUAGGAAAUUUUUCAUUUAUUAAAAAUUGAUAUCUAAGUGAAAAUAGUUUCUAUCCUUGUGGGAUCGGUACUCACCGGAGGGACCGCAUACGUUCGGAUGCAAUUAACGUAUCUUUGUAAAGACUAUGAAGUCGAAUUUUCAAAGUAACAAGACAUUUAUUCAACAUACACACUACACACUACACUAGGUAUCUGAUUGCAAAAUCAACUGUACCAUGCCAAAUGGCCUUUAGUUAUCGAGGCAUUAAGCUAAAUUUAAAAAAAUGUUCCAUAAGAGCCAAUUUAUUUAUAACAAUUUUUAAACAAGUUAUAAAACUGUUUUUUUUUCUCGAAACCACUUUUUUAAUAAUUUUAGGUAAUCUAAGACGCAAGAAAUAUAUAAUAUAAGAUGAAAGCUUAUAGCCUGGGAGGUAGCAUCCAGUUUGACCGGAGCAUUUUAGCAUGGCGGUUUUUUUUAUACAGUUAUCGAAACAGUUUAUACGAAAAGAUAAAAUAUCAAAGUAGAUGGAAAAACUCUACAACUUAUAUGUCAAAUAUUUAUCUCCGUGCCUUACAUCCAUAAUGGCCUAUAGACCAAUCAAGUUAGUAAAAAAUAAGCCGUUUUUCGACAUAAUUGAAAAGACGAGGUUUGACAGUUGAAAUGUGUAGUAUGAGAUAUUACAAAAGGGCUACCAUCUUGGGAUUCAUCAAUUUUUUAGUGGAACAAUUUUUAAAUAAACAAUCAAAACGUCAAACUUAGUUUUGUGCUCAUAACUUAGAAACUUGUUUAUUUAGAGAUUUGACGUUCACAGGUAACUUUUUUAGAAUAAAAAGAUACAUCGAAUGAGAUACGCUAAAUGCAAAUCGGUUAAUAAACAAAAAAGUUAUUGCAAAGCAGACGACAAAAUCAUUGUUUUUUAAUAUUGUUAAUAACAAUUUUAUUGUUUAUUAGAAUAUGUUUAAAUUUACCUAAACGUGAGGGCAUUAUGGUGUUUGACUGGUGUGCAAAAAAUGGUCCAGAUCUGUUUAAUAGUUUUCGCAAAAUUGAAUUUGUUUAUAAAUUUUUUUGAAAAACGAGCUAAUUUCUGAGGCUGGUCCAGUUAAUAUAGCUGAAUGUAUCUCAAUAAUCCG